AGUCUGAGCGCUGGUCAGUGGAGCGGGAGCGGGACCGCGCCGCGCGCACACGCAUCGCACUCGCGCCUUAUUCGAGGAGCAGCCCGGCACCGCGCGGAGGAACUCUCUCCAAAAAACGCGCUCCAGCUCGGCUUCUCCUCGGCAGAUGCCCUUCUCAUUUUCCAUAAUGUUCUCCUGGAGGCUGUAGGCGGUCCACUGUGGAUGCAGUUUGCACCUUCUCAAAAACAGCUGUAUCACAACACUAAACAAAUACUGCUCUGUAUUCAGUACACUACGUGUUUUCUGCAAACAGAUUUUCUCCUCUUUUUUAGUUUGUAUCAGAAUUUCCUCAAAUUAUUAUUUUCCAUCAGGACAGAAACUAAUUGUUUCUCUUUUUGAAGAGUGCAGUCCAUAUCUAUAUAUAGUAUGGAACAACACAAAUGGCCCAUUCUGACCUAUUUACCUUUUCAAAAAUCACUUAAAAGUAAACCAAUAUUGCUAUCAGUUCUGUUUGUGUGAUUUGGAAGAGCCUCAUCUGGAUUAUCGCACUUCAGCCUGAAAAACCUUCUCAACUUUUCUGCUUUACUAUCUUGAUUUCCAAGCAUGUCUUUGUGCUUUCAUAUCUCCCACUCCAAACCCUGCUUAUCCCAUACAGUGUUGGUAGCAGACUUUGCACCUGGCACAGCGGAAUGAACUCUUCUUUCUGACACUUCAUCUGAAAUGAUGCCUCAGUCUCUCUCCAGCAUCUGCAAGUUUUAAAAAAAGAAGAACUAGCUAUUGGAGCCAAGCACGUCUUAUUAAAACACAUUACUUGGAAUUUUUUAUUUUUAUUUUUUUAAUUUUUUGUGUUCUUGAUUGUAUUUACAAUAUUUGCCACAUGUACAGCAGAAGAUUGAGAGUUGUCUAAAAUGGCUGCACAGUGGAGACAAAGGGCAAAUGCUCUAGUUGUGACUCUCGGAGUGCUGCACUGCUGGGGAUUGGGGUCCUGUUAUGAUGAGAGGACUAGCGUACUCAGAGAGGACAAAUCUCUGGAAAAGCACCCAGUGACCCAUGAAAGAGUGAAGAGAGGAUGGGUGUGGAACCAGUUCUUUGUGGUGGAAGAGUACACAGGAACAGAGCCUCUUUAUGUUGGAAAGAUCCACUCAGACUCAGACGAAGGUGAUGGCUCCAUCAAGUACACCAUAUCUGGUGAAGGCGCAGGGACUAUCUUCAUCAUUGAUGAGGUCACGGGGGACAUUCAUGCCACUGAGAGGUUGGACCGUGAGGAGAAAGCCUUCUACACGUUACGAGCACAGGCUCGAGAUCGCCAGAGUGACGCGCCACUUGAACCCGAGUCUGAGUUUGUCAUCAAGGUCCAGGAUAUCAACGACAGCGAACCCAAAUUCCUGGAAGGGCCGUACAUCGGAAGUGUGGCUGAGCUGUCCCCGAUCGGUACAUCAGUAAUGAAAGUGAUGGCCUCAGAUGCAGAUGACCCGACCUAUGGGAGCAGUGCCAGGAUAGUGUACAGCGUUUUGGAGGGUGAAAAGUUCUUUACUGUUGAUAGACAGACUGGAGUGAUUCGGACUGCUGUAUCUGAUCUUGAUAGGGAGACGCAGGACCGUUAUGAGCUAGUUGUCAAGGCAACAGACAUGGCAGGCCAAAUGGGUGGUCUCUCUGGCUCCACUACGGUGACCAUAGUGAUCACGGACGUUAAUGACAACCCUCCACGUUUCCCUCAGAAGAUGUGUCAGUUUUCAGUUCCAGAAGGAAUGGCAGUGGGCACAUCGGUUGGCCGAGUGAUGGCCACAGAUGCAGACAUGGGUGAGAACACGGAUAUGAGCUACCUGAUUAAAGACGAGGAAGGAGGAGAGCUCUUCAGAGUCUCCACUGACACAGACACACAAGAAGCUAUCAUUAUCAUCAAGAAGCCUCUGGACUUUGAGAAGAAACGCACCCAUAAUGUGGUUGUAGAAGCAGUAAAUAAGCAUGUGGAUCCACGCUUUGUGGACCUGGGCUCUUUCCGGGAUCAGACCAUUGUCAGAGUCAGCGUGUCAGAUGUGGACGAACCUCCAGUGUUCUUUCCACCUACUGGAACAAUUAUGGAAGUGCAAGAGGAUGCCAAGCAAGGGGCCCUUGUGGGCUUUGUAACAGCCAGGGACCCAGAUGUGGAUAAUGUACCUCUUAGAUACUCAAUCGAUCAGAGCACAGAUCAGGAGCAAAUCUUUAACAUUGAUGCAGUGACUGGUGCAAUCACCCUGGGGAAAAUCCUGGACAGAGAGACGGCGGGCUGGCACAACAUCACAGUGACAGCUGUCGAGGCUGAUAACCAGUCCAUGGCUUCUCAGACUUCAGUUAGCAUUCGUAUUCUGGAUGUGAAUGACAAUCCACCUGAGCUGGCCACCCCAUAUGAAGCGUCCAUCUGUGAAGAUGCAAAACCUGGCCAGCUCAUUCACACCAUCAGCGUUGUGGACCGAGAUGAACCUCAGUCGGGUCAUCGAUUCUAUUUCACACUCGCUCCUGAAGUCUCCAGCAGCCGUCAUUUCACUUUGUGGGACGUCAAAGACAACACAGCAGGUAUUAGAACCCAGCGAUCAGGCUUCAACCGACAGGAGCAGAACGUGUACCUGUUGCCCAUCCUGGUUGUGGAUAGUGGACCUCCAGCUCUCAGCACAACUGGCACACUUACUAUCCACGUGUGUGGCUGUGACCCACAAGGAGUCAUUCAGUCCUGCAACGCCACAGCCUUCAGCAUGGGCACAGCCCUUAGCCCAGGAGCUCUCAUCGCCCUGCUCGUCUGCAUGCUCAUCAUUAUUGUCAUUGUGCUGCUGAUAGUGACCUUGAAGCGCCAUAGAAAGGGUCAGCGUAUGUGUGAGGAAGAGGAAGACAUGCGAGACAAUGUCAUCAAGUAUAACGAUGAAGGAGGAGGCGAGCAAGACACCCAGGCCUAUGACAUGAGUGCACUACGCAACCUCUACGACUUUCCCGAGGCCAAAAGCUCGGAAUCACAUCCGAAGCGCAUCCAAAACCAUGUGAACUCUGACAGAGAGGUAGCUGAUUUUUCCCUGUUUAAAGGCUACAUCCGGAAGAAGGUGGAGCAGGCGGAUGCAGACCCGUCAGUGCCUCCAUACGACUCAUUUCAGACAUAUGCACUGGAGGGCAGUGGCUCACCAGCACUCUCACUCAGCUCCAUCCACACUCUGUCUACCAGCUCAGAGCAGGACUUCUCUUACCUCAGGGACUGGGGGCCUCGAUUUAGGCAGCUGGCAGGAUACUAUGCCCCGGCACAGCCUGAUGAAGAAGGGUCCUAGCACUGCCUGCUGUCCUGUGCCUGUUUUGUCACGUGAACCACACUCUGCAGUUCCAUACACACUGCUCAGUGCUGGAGCAGCCCAGUCUCCUUUAACUAACACUCUCCUCCAUCACUGGAUGAUUAUUGGAUCCCAGUCUUUUCUGGACAUUUUAAUGCCACUCCAUAAAGAUACAGACAGUUUGCCUUUGUAAAAGAUUAAAAGGUGGAGGAUGAACAGACAGUGAGUGAGGAGUUGGGCGGGACUCCAACAAACCUAGCAGAGUAUGAAACGAGAGCUGGGCUGUGCUUUAUGCACAGUGCUAAACCCACAUUGUUCCCUAUCUGAAGCAUUUCCUUUGUGUGCGUGGUUGAGCGUGUGCAUUCGUGUGUAUGUGCACACCUGUGUGUGUGUUCUUUUCUUCUUCUUUCGGUAAGAGCAAAGUCUACAGAUUCAUUGGGAGGUCCUGAACAAGACCCGUGAAACAGAAAUGGGGAGAUCAUUUUCUAAGCCAAGACGAAUAAUUCCCAGAUGAAAAUAUGUAUUUAUUUAAAGAAAAAGGAGAUAUUUAUGUAUUUAUUGUUUCUAUUUAUUUAUUUAUUUAUUCCUCCUGGUUGAAGUAUGGAAUAACAGACUGUACUUAAUUAAAGAAUGCUAUAGAAAUGGAUGGAUGAUACAGACUGAACAUUGACAUGAUGGUGCCAUAGUGAGUGAGAGAUCUGGGCCACAGUCUUUCAAAAAAUUAUUUAUUUUUCAAAAACUAUUUUUUUUUUCUUUUUUCUAAAAUACAGGCCUAUGCUGGGAAAGGAUGUAUAAAUCUUAAAUAUUAACUCAUUUUGAGGUUUGUUUUUGUCCUAUCAUACAUUUCAUGUAUUGUGUUACUCUUAAAAUUUAUUACCAAGUCACUUGUUGUGGGCAGUCAGAUAUUUGUUGUGUGUUAAAUUAUUAUUAUUUUUUAAUCUGUAUUUUAAGUGGUUCAUCUGGAAGAAUUUAAGGAACUUAUAACCAGAGACAAGUCGAAUAUUCCUCAGUAUUUACAUCAGUAUUUACAUUUUGCAUCCAUGUUCAUUCCAUUUUUGUGACUGUGUUGUUUAUAUUCUAAACUGUUUUCAAGACCUGAUAAUUUGUUUGGUUUUAUUCAGUUUAAUCUCUAGUAUUGGUUGAGGCUGAUGAAGGGGAAUGAAAACAUGAUAAGAAGGCCUGGUUACACUAUAUCCUGCUUGAUUUUUGAUAAAAGUGUUGAGGUGGGUGGUUAGAAUGCUCUCUGUAUCACAGCUACCUCAGCAGGAAUUAGGAAAAUCAGAAUUAAUUUGAUUCACACAAGAUUAUAUCUUGUCCAACACAGACCAGCUGUUUAUGAAUUUUUUUUUAAACUGAAAAUGAAUUGAUUUGCCACACUAGUGUAUUCAGGACUUAAUGCAUAUAUAGGAGGAUCUCAUCACCCACAACCAAUAUCUGGAGACAUUUUAUUGCCAAUCAUAUUCAGUAACAGUGUAUGGAUUAUAUGUACAGUUGAAAUCAAUAAAUAUUGAACUUUUUUG